AUAUAUUUAUUCAAUAUAUAUAUUUACUGACUGAAGCAGAAGAUUAAACACCACCGUAUUAGAAAUCACCACCAUCAUCUUCAUUUUCGUCUUCAUCGAUUCGCAGAUUCAGUAAUUUGAAAAUGAAGGGAAAAACCCCAAAACCUACGAAAGUUAGGGGAAGAAAAAAGCUAUCAAAUGGAAGAAACACGUUGCAGCUUCAUUUCAGCAAAUUCUCUCUCAAUCAAUACAAACCAUUACCAACAACAGCUUGUCCUUCUAACACCUUUUCUCGCCUCCGGAGCAUGAUCGAAGCCGAGGCCAACGAUAGCCCUGUCAUUUGCGUAAGGGAUACAGACGAAGCUGCCGAAACGGAUUCAAGAGAUUGUAUUCUCAGUCAAGAUUUGUUUUGUUCUCCAGAUUAUUUAACCCCGGAGAAUCAACAGAUUUUUAACUGUUUGGCAUUUAACAAGGAUAAUAGCCCUUGCCCUAGAUCACCGGAGAAAUUGACGACAGCGAGAAACAAGAGAUGUAGGCUAGAUGAUGUCUACGGAAAAUCUCUUAGCCCUACCAUUUUUAAUGACCAUCAACAAGAUGUGGAACUUGAUAAGGACUCUGCUGCAGAGGAAGUUUCUCUUGCAGAUGAAGUUUCUCUUGAUAAAUUAAUAGUAGCUGGUAAACCAAAUCCCCAGAAUUAUGUGUCACAAUCUGCAGCUGCAUUGCGUUGCAGGGCUAUGCCUCCUCCUUGCUAUAGGAACCCCUAUUUAAAAGAUGUUUCACAAAAGGAGACAGAUCCCUUUGCAAACCAAAGAUCCAAAUGCGCAGGGUUCUUCCCUAAAUUUACAGCUAAUGAGGGUCUCUCACGCUAUCACACUGAUUUUGAAGAGCUUGAGCAAAUUGGUAGAGGGAACUUUAGUUGUGUCUUUAAAGUAUUAAAGCGAAUAGAUGGCUGCUUGUAUGCUGUGAAACGCAGCACUAGACAGUUACACCUGGAAACAGAAAGGAAAAAAGCUUUGAUGGAAGUUCAAGCUUUGGCAGCCUUGGGUUCUCAUGAGAAUAUUGUGGGGUAUUAUUCUUCAUGGCUUGAAAGUGAACAGCUGUACAUUCAGAUGGAGAUAUGUGAUCAUAGCUUAUCCAAAUUCAAAGGCUCUGAGUUAUUAUCAGAAGGACAACUCUUAGAAGUUUUAUACCAGGUUGCCAAUGCACUGCGAUUUAUACACGAGAAGGGAAUAGUUCAUCUUGACGUUAAGCCUGAUAAUAUUUAUGUUAAAAAUGGUGUUUAUAAGCUUGGUGAUUUUGGAUGUGCAACUCUUAUUGAUAAUAGCCUUCCAAUCGAGGAAGGAGAUGCGCGUUAUAUGCCCCAGGAAAUCCUCAAUGAGAAAUAUGAUCACCUUGACAAGGUUGAUAUUUUCUCGCUGGGAGCUUCUAUUUAUGAGCUUGUUCGAAAAUCACCUUUGCCAGAAUCACGAUGUCACUUUUCAAAUCUAAAAGAGGGCAAGCUGUCACUCCUUCCUAGCAAUACAAUGCAAUUUCAAAACUUGCUCAAGGCCAUGAUUGACCGUGAUCCAGUAAAGAGGCCGUCUGCCAGAGAGUUAGUAGAGAACCCAAUUUUUGACAGGGUGUUAAGAACAGUGAAAAAUUGAUUCACCACUCCUUUUUCACUUUUCCUGCUGGACCAUCGUCUAUAUAGAUUAUUGUUAACUUUGUCAUGGCCAAUAUUGUGAAUGUUUUUUGGUUAUAUUAUACAUGCACCUGAUAUUUCUUGUGUUAGGUGCAACUUUUGUAAAUGCAAUGGUCCAGUUAGGUAUCUGCUGUACAUUGUAAUGGACUACCUACGAAUGCUAGAACUUUGAGUCCUAGAAACGUUUGACUGUUGUUUUUUCUCCUGGGAAUUUGUUGGUUAGAGGAUUGUCCCGUAA